AUGGCUCAAUCGAUAAACGCGUUCGUCCGCCAUCAUCGUCCAGCUAUGCGAGUUCAAGUCCACAUGAUAGCAGAUACUGAGGAACAAAAGCCAACAACACAAACCGAACAGAUUGCGGAAAAUACCGAAAAAACUACGGAAAAUACCGAGCAAACUACGGAAAAUACCGAAGAGUCAACGGAGCAAACUACGGAGCAGACUGAAGAACAAGCAAACGCAGACACCAAAGAAACCGUUGAAGAAGGCGCGGAGCAGACGCAGGAAAAUGGAGACGAGACAGUGACGGAAGUGACCGAAGAACAAGCGGAAAAUACCGACGAACAAACAGAAGAUACUGAACAAACCGAACAAGUCACGGAAACAAUCGAAGAAGUCGAAGAACCACCAGAAGAACCAGCAGCAGAACAGGGAGAUGUGGUCGAAGAACAGACAGUUCAAAUAGAAGAGGUAACGGAAGAGCAAACGGAACAGACCGAAGAGCAAACGGAACAGACCGAAGAGCAAACGGAACAGACCGAAGAGCAAACGGAACAGACCGAAGAACUAACGGAACAGACCGAAGAGCAAACGGAACAGACCGAAGAACAAACGGAACAGACCGAAGAGCAAACGGAACAGACCGAAGAACAAACGGAACAGACCGAAGAACAAACGGAACAGACCGAAGAACAAACGGACCAAGUAGUAGAACAAGAAGAGGAACCUCUGACCAAUGGUGAUGAAGCGCCAGCAGAUCUCGACUUAUCGGAAGAGAAAAAAGAAAAAUUACGAGAAGUAUUUGCCAUGUAUACAGAUGAUGAUUUCAUUGAUUAUAGAGGAUUCAAAAAGUUAAUACGAUGUUUCGGUCAGAAUCCAGUGGAAGCUGAAUCUAGAGAAUGGUACAGCAGUGCCGAUCAAAAUCAGGAUGGGAAGAUCAACUUUGAAGAAUUCUGCAGAUUGUUUUUGAAAUACAAAGAACCUGAAGAUGUCUUGAAAACCGAGAUCUUGAACUGCGUCCGCAGGAUCUUUCCGAAUGAAGACGAAGAGAUCGAGCUUAAUAAGGUCAUUCACAUCAUGUCCAAACUGGAGCGAGAAGCCAGCGAUCUCUCUAAAGCUGAUAUUGAACGAUUCUGCCAAGAUAUGGACAUCAACGGCAAUGGCAAAAUUGAUGCUGCAGAAUUUGUAAGUGUUUUAUGUGGUAGCGGAGUGAACGUGUAA